AUGAAAAUCCUGGAUAUGUUGAAGGAUAACAUUAAACAGCCUAUAUGGAUAAAUGCUGAUAUACUAACAGGUCCUGGAGGAAUUGCCAAGCCAGUAGAUGCCAGAGAAUUCCUACAGACUGUGUCAUUAUUUUUCCCAGAUGUAACAUUGUCAUUGGGUUGGACUACUGGAUGGCUGCCAGGCCAAAAAAAUGAAGGAUACAGCUGGGAGAUGGCUAGAGAAAUGGCAGAGAUAUGUAAUACUUUGAGCCAACAAGUGACUUUCCCAGUGAGGGCGGCACUAGUGAGACAGUCCUGGCCUGUGCUGCAGUGGCUGUUGCAGACCUCAGACAGGUACAGCUUGACUGUCUGGGCUGGCAAAGACGACAUCUACUCAGUGGAGGAUCUGUUAUACAUCCGAGAACACUCUAGGGAGCACCAGAUAUUUUAUGAUUUAUUUGAGCCUCACAAGAGUCAAUUCAGAGAUACCGUGGAUCAGAAAUUUGAAAAGCAACUCUCUUAA